AUGCUCGAAGUCCGUUUAUCCGGUGAAACGCUUUCCGUCCCAUCAGAUGCACUACCUACAUCAGAGAGCAAUCAAGAGAUUCAUGUUAUUUUAAGUUCGAAUGGUAUCUUGAAAAUUGCUCCAUCACUAUGGACUGCAAUAUUUACUGAUACUCGUCUGCGUUGCUUAUCAUUAAUUGAUCUUCAAUUGUACGGCAAUGAUUCUCAAACAUUAGCUAAAUAUUUAUGUGAACAAACUCAUUUAGUUGAAUUAACUUUUGAUUCAGUUUUACAAUCGGUUUAUUCAUUUGAUCAUAUUCUUAACGAAGGCUUACAGCAUAAUAAAAGUUUAAAAAGUCUAACAUUGACUAAUUUAAAUAAUCUUGAUGCGGCAACAAUUGCUAGUCUUAUAAAACAUAAUAAUACUAUAAACUAUUUAGCACUUACACAUGAUAAUAUUUCAUCGGGCGGAGGUGCAAUUAUUGCUGAUGCACUUCGAACAAAUUCUACAUUGGUGAGAGUUGAUUUAAGUCAUAAUCGUAUUGAUGAACAAACAGCAACUCAAUUUACUAGCAUUCUUCAUCAACCGCAUUCAAGUCUCAAACAAAUUAUUUUGAAUAAUAAUGUUAAUGACAAUCAAUAUGUACUUGAUCCAAAUUCAACAAUAGAAAAUAAACCUGAAACUCUACCUUUUAUAGUCGAAGAGAAACGAAUAAAUGACGUUGAACCGUCAACGCCGACAAAAAAAUUUCAAUUUCUAUCAACCAUUCUUGUUACAUUUCUCUUUUUUCUUUGGGGUAUACCUAAUCAAUUGAAUGGUGUACUUAUUCGUCAAUUUUCAAAAGCUUUUGAUCUGUCUCGUUUUGAAGCCGGCCUUGUUCAAUCAGCUUUCUAUAUGGGCUAUUUUAUUUGGGCUUUACCAGCAGCGUAUAUUCUUCGUCGUUGGGGUUAUAAAGUUGGUCUUAUUCUUGGCUUAGUUCUCUUCGGUACGGGGUCAUUUCUUUUCUGGCCAUGUGCAUACAUCGGACAAUAUCUGCCAUUUUUAAUUUCUCUCUUCAUCAUUGCCACGGGUUUGGCUUUUCUUGAAACUGCAGCUAAUCCAUUUAUAGCACAUGCAGUCGGACCCGAACAUUCAUCUGAAAAACGCCUUAAUAUUGCACAAGCAUUUAAUCCAUUAGGCGCUAUAGUAGGUGUACUGAUUGGAACAUUCUUUAUAUUUUCCGGUGUUGAACUAAGUCCUGAACAAAUCAAAGGAAUGCGUGCUGAUAGAACGUAUGAAACGUAUUUAAAAGAAGAAACAUUACGUGUUGUUCGACCCUAUGCAAUUAUUGGCGGUGUUACAUAUUUAUGGGCUGUACUUAUUGCUAUUGUACCAUUUCCAGCAAAGACAAAAGGAAAACAAAAAAAUGAUGAAUCCGGUAGAGCGAAUGAACUUUGUCGAAUUCUUUUUCUACUCUCUAUUGUUGCACAAUUUGCUUAUGUUGGUGCGCAAGUUGGUACAUGGUCAUAUUUCAUACAAUAUGCUCAAGAUUAUGUUCAAGUUGGAGAGAAAACAGGUGGUUAUCUAUUAACUGGUACAUUAGCUAUGUUUGCUCUUGGUCGUCUUACUGCUGCUUUACUUAUGCAUUGUGGAUUUUCACCAGCAAUUCUUUUAGCCACAUUUUCUCUUAUUAACGUGUUACUUAUCGCUAUCACUGUUCUUCUACCGAAUGCUAUUGGACUUGGAGCACUUUUUUUAACAUCAUACUUCAUGUCACUGAUGUUUCCGACAAUAUUUUCAUUAGGUAUUAAAGGUAUGAGUGAACAGACAACGAAACUCGCCAGUUGUCUUCUUAUUAUGGCAAUCAUUGGUGGAGCUAUCUUUACUCCAUUGAUGGGUUACAUUGCAGUAGAAACUAAAAGUUUGGCGUUGGCCUAUAUAUUACCAGGUGGAUCCUAUAUUAUUGUUGGUAUCUAUGCACUUUUGGCUUAUGUAUUGACCACGGAUAGAAGUACACAGGCAUAA